GUUUUAGCUGGACGAUCCAGCGGACAGCUCAAGGAGGCAAGUGAUCAACAGGAACGCCUUAACCCGAAGGCGUGCGUUCGGGGUAUUCAGCCUCGGGUGGCGCCAAUAUUCACCAGCAAUGGCCUCUCAAUUGUCUUGCGAUAGCUGGAGGUGUCUUAUCAAACGAACGCUGAGCUGGCGUGGGCUUGACCAGUUUGCAUCCUACAAAUGUCGGCCGGCUCUCCUCGCUAGUGUCGCAGCACAAGGAUCUCUGCUCGUCAUUUUCGACGGCCUAAGUUGCGGAUCGCCCGGUCCGCCAGUAAGUGUCGGCGUGAAGUUAUGGACAGUUCCGUCUAUCUUGGUGUCUGGACGAAUUGGGACCACGGCAAAGUCUAUGGGUUAACGCUCACGACCGACCAACCCUGGAGCGAUGUGCUCGUUGCGGCCGCUGCCCUCGUUAUCACCUUCACUGCUACGCAGAUAUGGGGAAUCAUUUGCUUCAUUGUAUUUCGAGUGCGACAGCGGGCGGCUGGCGACUACGUCCACCACUCGGUUCAAGCUGCUUUGCGCAAUCCGGGGACACCAUCUUCGUUUGCUUGGGGCAUGCUGGAGAUUGUGUGCUCCCAGCGAGCGUAUAGCCUGCCGCGAACUGCCCCUGUGGCGACAGGGUUGAUGCAGGGCUUCAACAACCAACACUAUGAGUAUUCCAACCAUCUGCAGGACGGCAGCAGCGGAACCUACAAACCGAGGAAGUCAGAAGGGGCACUGCUCUAUACUUUCGCUCGGCUUACGUGUCUACUGCUGCUGGUAGCGGUGUUCUCAGCAGGCUUCACCAUCGUCAGCUUGAUCAGCAACCAGUUCGUCAAGGCAGCGGACGAUUCGGUUCUUAUAGCCAGCCAGGACUGUGGCUGGGCAGCAGAAGUCAGCAAUCUCUUAGACCUGGCGACAUCAGAGGCCAGAGACAAGAGCACCGUUCUGAUGGUUCCCAGCCGUGCCCGGGCCCAGAAAACCCGCCUCUAUGUGAGGAGCUGCUACGCCGAGGCGAAUGAUGCCGAGAUCUCGAAACAGUGCAACACUUUCAUCACACUACGGAUCCCUUCCACCAUGAAGAUUGACCAGCCGUGUCCAUUUCCUGGAGAUGGGGUAUGCAAGACAGGCGCAGCGCGGAUCGAGUCUGGCCCCAUCGAUUCCCGCACCGUGCUUGGCAUCAAUACACGGGAUGAAGACAGGAUAGUUGUGACAAAGACCCUGACCUGCGUACCCAUCGACGCAGAUAGAUGGUCAACGGGAUGGGUUGAAGGCGAGCCGUUUGGAGAGGCAGUCGGCGAUUUUAUCAACGGGUAUGCGGUGGGGACUCUGCCCUACGCGGAGCCGCCGGCGUCUGAGUACCCCUUUUUUUGCACCAAGUACGGUAUUCGAUACUCCAGUGACGCUUACCAAAUCAGGCGAGUCCCCAGCUCUCCCCUUCUGUUCCAUGUGUCCUAGGUAUUUUCCAUGUGGUUUCGGAGGCAAUUAACAGAUUAGGCAAUAGAUCGGUGGCUUACUUUCCCGGCAACGAGACCGGCGCUGUGGCCCCAUUCAUCCCUAGAGACGAACUUAAGGUCUCAGACGCUGACUUAACGCUUAUUGCACUGUCUCCUAAUGCCUGGUUUGAUGAGCAAAUUCUCGAUCCGUGGUUCAACAUUUCAUGGCACGAAGACUUGUUGGGUUUCGACGCUUGGUGGGCGCCAGAUGGCUUCUCGAUUCUCGGUUGUCUCGAGCAGUACCGAUUCUGCGCUUCGGGAUCUUGCUCUCAGCCUGACGCUCUGUAUCAGCUUCGAUCAUCACCAACGUAUGGCAUGGGGAAACUGACAGCCGGCCAAAAAGCCGUCGCUGAUCUCGUUUGGAAGUCGCUAUGGGCAGGCAAGCUUCA